AUGAAUUUCAAUAACAAAACUUUAUUUUACAUUGAUUCUGCAGAUAGAACAAAUGGUAGUAGUUCUAAUUUUCAAUAUCAUUUAGAAGAUUUAGGUUUCAUUUCCACCAUGAACUAUGAUAGAGUUGUAAUAACACAAGCAACCAUUCCGAAAUCUUUUUACACAAUAAGAAAGAAUCUAAAUUCUUUUACAUUAAAAGAAAGAAAUAAAGAAGUUUUAAUAUCAAUCCCGAUAGGUGGAAUUUUAAAAUCAUUAAAUGUUAUUAAUCUUCAAGGAGAUAAUGUUCUUUAUAUUCAUAGCGAUAUUUGUACCAAUGGAAAUGAUGACAUAUUGCAAGAAAUUUAUGCAUCAAGUGGCAUUCCUGAUUACUCAUAUAUCUAUUGGAAGAAUACAGAUGUUCAAUCAUAUUGCGGAAAUACAACCACUUUUAUUCUAUCACCCAAUACAGCAUUUAAUCUAUCUAGAUCAUGGUUGCAAUUUACCUUGACUAUUCCUGCCGGAGGAAAUAAUUUAUCGCCCUAUUUAUUUGCAGACUUUAUUUCAUUCUUCCAACAAAUUACUUUUGGUAAUGGAACCCAAGCAUUUUGCUCAGACAUUAAACAGGCCCAUAUACAAUCAAAGAUGACUAUGAAAAUUAAUAGAAAACUUUCAAAAACAUUAAGUAGAUAUUGUGAUUUGCAAGUAAAUGCUGCUGGUGAUAAAAUCACUUUUACACCAUGCUUUUCAUCAAAUAAACCAGCUGACCAAAAUAUAAGAUAUGAUAACUCACAUGGUGAUAGAUCUUAUACUGAACCUGCAUAUUUGAUUGCUGCAGACACAAAUAACCAACCCACUACGGUAAAUGUAAAGAUUUAUUUUGCUGAUAUAUUUGAUUCUAUUUUUGCUCUGGACAAAGAUCUAUGUUUUUCUGAAAAUAUGUAUGUUGUUUUUACUUGGAAUCCACUUUCAUGUAUAGGUUUCUAUGCGGGAGAUGACCCAACCGAAAAUCCUGCUCAAUUAAAUCAAUCCAAUAUUACUAAAUUGGAGAUACAUUUAGCAAAUGAAACCAACAAAAAUAUCACCAAUGAUUUACUAGAACAACUUGCAUCACCUCAAGGAUUACAAAUGAUAAUUCCAUAUACCCAACCAUAUAAUAAACUUACUAAUGGUAGCUCACAAUCAUGCCAAUCCCGUUAUAAUGCAAGCAAUGGUAUUACACUUGAUAGAAUCUAUUAUAGUAUCUUUACUCCAAAUAAUGCUGCAAACCCUAAUCUAUCUGUUUAUAACAAUAAUUUGGCCACUAACUUUAUUGAUUAUUUCUCUACAUCUCUAAAUAAUGAACCAUUGACUAUUUAUAAUGUAUAUCCAAAUAGAUACGAUGACUUUGAUAUGAAUAGUAAAUUACUUGAGGGUACUACUAUACAAACACCAAACAUUAAUAACUAUAAUUGGACUUGGGUUCAAGAUUUUGGUCAAGGAGUUUCAUCUGAAAUCUUAGAUAACAUUUACAAAGGUAUUCCGCUUACUGGUAAUGAUGUACAAUUCGAUUUUACUUGCAAUCUUGUGGCUGGCCAUGCUGAUAAUCUACAACAUCAAAUUGUUGCGGUAACAAAAAGACGUCUAUUUAUAACUGAUGGAAGCGGAGGAAAACCAAGAUUGGCAAUAAUAUAA